AUGUCUGAGACUACUACCGAGAUUGAAACUCUCUCAAUCUCUAAUAUCACCACCGAGAUUGAAACCCUCUCAAUCUCCAGCGCUGGCAGAAACAAUGAUUUACCAAUCAGCAUGACCGGCUCGGACACGAUAACCCAACAACCGCAAUCUGCCAAUGUCGAAUCGACUACUUUACCAGCAUCUGCACCUAUCCGAAAAUGGCGCUGGCCCAAACCAUCUGAGAGGAGAAAGAAAGCAGGAACACUACAAACCCAUACCCAUACCAAUACCCACAUCCUCCCACCAUCUCAAACCCCUAGUGAAUGGACGCGGGGAAACGAAUUACCCCAAUCGUCCUCUCAGAACCGCACUCCCUCAUCCUCAUCCUCAGCACCCGUCCUUUCUCUCACCCAAGGCUUCGAAAAUUACUGGGAAGAUAUCUCGGACGAAGAAAUGACCACCUAUAUCCCGUCCAACAUCAUCACGAUCUGGAAAAGCGUCAUCGCGCAAAAACGUGCGCAGGCGAGAGCAGCGGGUGUAGAAUAUGAGAGGGAGUUGGAAGAGGAGAUUGAGGAGAAAUAUGGUGGGAUUUUGAGGUGUGGAUGGGAGAAGAAUAGAGAGGAGGAGAAUGGGCAGGAGGAGGAUAGGCAGGAGAGGAAUAGGGAUAGAGAGGCGUUGGUGGAGGGAUUAUUGGAGAUGGUGGAGGAGUGUGGGUUGUUCGGGCUGGUGAGGGAGAGGGGGAGGAGGGCAUUUUGGGAGGGGGAUGGAGUGGAGUAG